GGGGGUCUGGGCACCAGGUAUUUAAAAGCCCCACCUUCAGAGCAAGGCUCAGGAACUCGGAGGCAAAGUCACCCUUUGCCUUUUGUCAUCCUCGCCGGCUGCCAGCUCUGGAGAGGAGCGGACCAUGAAGGGCCGGUUGGCGGCCACCCUCACGCUCUUCCUGCUCUGUUCGCUUCUGGGACACCCCGGGGUGGCUCCGCAGCACCCCCGGGCCCCCCGGAACUGGACCCCCCAGGCCAUGCUCUACCUGAAGGGCGCGCAGGGGCGCCGGUUUCUCUCCGACCAGAGCCGCGGGAAGGGCCUCUCGGACCUGCCGCCAGACCGACGAAGCCCCAACCCGCAGCCGCUAACUCUCCCGGAAGUGGCAGCGCUCUUACUGGCUUCCUUGCAGAAAGCGCAAGAAGUUAGAAAAGAAGACUGAGGAAACCAGGUUCCCGGAAGACACUCCAUGACAGCCCCUGUGCUUGGGGACAGGAUUCACGUGACUCAGAGCCUCCGGCCCUUUUCCUUAAUUUGUUAUCUUGGCAACAUGAACUGCUAGUUGUGUCUUGUGAUUGCUGUUUUGUUUUGUUUUGUUUUGUUUUCCAGAAACCAAAGUAGAGUUCUUAGGUGAAAGGUCAAUAUCAUCAGGUUGUCUCGCCCUGUGUGCUUUUAAAGCAUUUGUAACACAGCCAAAGACGUGAUCUUCCUUUCUGUUACAAGUCCCUGUGUUGAUCUCAAAAUGUUUUGUUAUUUUUUUCAUUUGCCCUGUCUGUCAUUCCACAGCCACUUGCCCGCCUCUCCCCCGAACCUUGCUGGUCUCCAAGGAAGACUUGGGGGAAAUGACGGGAAAGAAAAGAGUAGAGGGAUUCUUAGAACAACUCUUCAGGAUUGUGGGGACUAGCAGGAUAGGACAGCGGGGAAGGCACCUGCCUUGCACGCAGACAAUCAGUGCUCCAUCCCUGUCACCUGGGUCCCCAGGAGUGAGCCCUGAGCACAGAGCCAGGAAGCUCUGAACACAGCUGGGUGUGGCCUCAAAACAAACAGAAAACCCAUAAACAAUGCAUUGAGGACAGACCAGUUCUCUUUAGGGACAGUGGGAAGGGGGUGACAGGUGAAAAGCCCUCAGAUUUCAAACUUCAGUGUAAGAAGUGACUCCAAAGUUUUCAAUUCUGCGGAGAGACGGGACUGCAGCUGUGGCUGGCACUGAUAGAAGGUCCCUGUGCAUUUGGGGACCUGAAUUCGCUCUAGGAGCCUGGUGGAAGUUACUGGGAACUAAGCAGGUAGAGACACCCUCGGCUCCUGGGGAUACUGGAUGAGCCUGUUUUUCAGAGGUGACUUGUUCUCCAAGACACAGACUCAGCUAAUUGACCACCAGUGCUCCAGGCUUUGCUUGACAUGAAGGCAUCCAGCAAAGCAGUCUCAGAACACUAGUGCAUGGCAGUUCCUAAGUUUGUUUCUUUCCAAAUCUUCUUGGGUGAGAGUUCUGAAACACACACACACACACACACACACACACACACACACACACACACACACACACACACACACUUCCAGCAAGUAUUGGAACACUGAUCUGGAGUUAUGAUAUAAUGGACCUGUGGAAUACUUUCAUUAUUUUCUAUCGUUACUGAUACAUGUGUCAUUGUGGAAAGUAUUAUUUAUAUUAUUGUCUUUUUUUUUUAAUUAAGUUCAUUAGUAGCUAAAAGUACCUUUCUGUAAAUGUGUCUGUACAUUGGAAUUAUAAUUUCUCUGUGUUACAAAAUCAAAAUCCUGUAAGACUUGUCUCGGCUUUGUUUCAUAACUGCAUAAUGAAACAUGCUCAAGUUAAUGCAACAAUGC